AUAACUGCUCUGGAAUUUAAAUCUUGAGAGCUAGCUAUAGUUUAGUUGAUAUUUUUCUAAUACAGCUAGUUCGUUUGCCACCUAGUCUAGCUAUUCCGUGUGGCUAGCUUCUUAACGAGUUUCCAUUUUGUGCUAAAUUCGCCAGCUGAGCUGAACAAUGAGCGGGAACUUGCAUGGGAACAGGGAGUUUGACGAGCAGCUGCGCAUGCAGCAGCUGUAUGGCCAGCCGAGGGAGGACGGAGUGGACCCCUACACGUACACGGACCCCGAGGACGGCACCGUUUAUGACUGGGACCAGGACAAAAAGGCCUGGUUUCCCAAGAUAACGGAUGAUUUCCUGGCAGCCUACCAUGCCAACUACGGAUUCACCGAGGACGGCGAAGUGGACCCGUCUGCUUCAGGGGCCUCCAAGGGUGACCCGCCGGCAGAGCCUGGCGCCAAGCCCAACCCGCCAACGCCGAGCACAAACACCACACAGGCAGGAGACAGUGCCCAGGCCGCAGAGGCUAAAAAGAAAGGAGAGAAACGGAAAGCAGACCCAGGCUGGUUCGACGUUGACAAAGACAAGAAUACAAACGUAUACGUGUCAGGCUUGCCUCUGGAUAUCACUCCAGAUGAGUUUGUGCAGGUCAUGUCCAAGUGUGGCAUUGUCAUGCGAGACCCCAUCUCAGAGGAGUUUAAGGUGAAGCUCUACAGAGACAACCAGGGGAACCUGAAGGGAGACGGGCUCUGCUGCUACCUGAAGAAGGAGUCGGUGGCCCUGGCGGAGCAGGUCCUGGAUGAGAUGGAGAUCAGAGGCUACCAGCUGCAUGUGGAGGCAGCGCGCUUUGAGCUCAAGGGCGAGUAUGAUGCCAAAAAGAAGAAGAAGAAGAACAAGGAGUAUCGGAAGAAGAUGCAGCAGCAACAGAAACAGCUGGACUGGCGGCCGGAGAAGAAGGGCGAGGUGAGGAAGAGGCACGAGCGCGUGCUCAUCAUCCAGAACAUGUUCCACCCCAGCGACUUCGAGGAGGACCCCCUGGUGCUGAACGAGAUCCGCGACGAUCUGCGAAUCGAAUGCGAGAAGUUCGGGCAGGUGAAGAAGGUCAUCAUCUUCGAUAGACACCCGGAUGGAGUGGCCUCGGUUGCGUUCAAGGAGCCGGAGGACGCAGACGUGUGUCAGCUGGCCCUGAACGGCCGCUGGUUUGGGGGCAGGAAACUGCAGGCCGAGCUGUGGGACGGCACCACAGACUACCAGGUGGAUGAGACUAACCGCGAGCGGGAGGAGAGGCUGAAAGGGUGGGCUACUUUCCUGGGGGAUGGCAAGGAGAAAACAGCGACAGGGGAUGACCCCGCUAAAGACGACGGCAAGGAGGUUGCAGACAAGGGCCCGGUCCAGGAGGACCCCAAAGAGUCAGGCUCAGGAGAGUCUCCCAGUGUGCCGGAGGGGCCUGCGGGGGGAGGGACAGAGGGAGCGAUGGAUGUGGAGAAAGAGGAGGCCGGGGAGUCCCUGGGGAACGGAGCCGGCCCGUCGGAAGAGGUGGAGGCGGACUCCACCGACAGCAGUCUGGCAGGAAGUGACGACGAGUCGUAAUUUCCCCGCGGACUGUCCAUCUCAUCGUUACCAGCUGAGGCAGCCAUCACCAAACUGCGCUGCCUGAUUUUUUGGUUUGUUUGUUUCUUUAAACCAUGAUAUCAGUAGAAAUCUGAAGGUGCUACUGCAGCAGGAUGGGACACUCAUAAACUGUUCGUGAAUAGAUAAAACUAGACAUGCGUGCUCCUGGAGAUUUGAAUCUUUGCACUGGUCUAACAUGCCUUCCCCGUACAUAAAGCCCAUCUCCCUUCCUUGUUGUACUAAGACAUUUACAUGCUGAGAAACACGCAUUUUGCCCCUUUUAUACUUAAAUAAAUCCAUAACGAAUGAGGAAUGGAAGAUAUUUUUGUGUUACACUGGUUUCUUGUUAUUUUCUGUUAUCUGCAUAAUGAAGUGGACUGAAAAGCCAUGGAAGUUUUAACUAAACAGAACUGUGCACUGUAGCUAUAAAUACUUCUCAAAAAUGAUAAUUCGGGAAAGACUUUAACAAACAUGAAUUUUAAGUCCUUAAUUCCAAAAAUAGAAGUAAAUAUGACUUGAGACCAGCCUAACCUGAUGAUUGGUGUGAAUGAAAGUUGUUUUAAACUGAUGGAAUUAUUCUGUCUCAAUAAAACAGGCCUGCGACCAUGAA